GCCAAUAUAUAAAUGUCACUUUAUGUUGUGAAUAAAUAAAUUACAAUGUUUUUGAGAAGUACAAAUAUAGAACGUUUAACUUGCAGUCGAAGUAAAAUUAUCACUUGUCUUGUACGUGGCAGUAAAGGGGAUUGUUGUGAUCCAUAUGUAGCAGAUAGCCCCCCGUGUCCGCCAUAUUCUCCUGGCCCACCUUGCCCCCCUAGUCCUUUGUGGCCUAGUUCACAAUAUCCACCGUUCUACUACUGUCCCCGAACAAAGUAUGAUGUAAAAUUUGUUUAUGUGAAUGAUAAGCCACCGAGUACCAGGUUCAAAGAUUUUAUUGACCGAGCAUCACAGAUUUUCUUUUGGACUGAAAUAAUAAGAGGAUUUGCCGUGACGUUGGCACAUGUAUUUAAAGAGCCUGCAACUAUUAACUAUCCAUUUGAGAAGGGGCCACUGUCGCCCCGAUUUAAGGGCGAGCAUGCGUUACGUAGAUACCCAUCUGGAGAGGAACGUUGUAUAGCAUGCAAACUAUGUGAGGCUAUCUGUCCCUCACAAGCGAUCACAAUCGAUGCUGAAGAGAGAGCGGAUGGCUCUCGUAGAGCGACCCGCUACGAUAUUGAUAUGACCAAAUGUAUUUUUUGCGGUUUCUGUCAGGAGGCAUGCCCCGUAGAUGCGAUUGUUGAGGGGCCAAACUUUGAAUACUCGACAGAAACGCACGAAGAGCUUUUGUAUAAUAAAGAAAAAUUACUCUCAAAUGGCGAUCGUUGGGAACCUGAGAUAGCGAGUAAUAUCAGGGAUAAUCACUUAUAUCGUUAGGCUUCAGUCUGCUUUGCUACUUAGUACCAGCCUAUGUCAUUCUUGUAUUACUUAAUUCUUUAACUCACCCUGCUUGUCUAGAGUUAUUGGGUCAUUCUGACAUCCUUGUAUAGUGUUUUCUAUUUAUGUUUAUCUUAUUAUUCGUUUACUUUAAUAUACAUAAUAAACAUUGCUUGGUUUGUACACUAAAGUCAAAUCUUAUUAUAAACAGUAACAGUAGUAUUGUAAUAAAAGUAAUAAUACGUUAAACACACUUAAAUAGAUACCAAUAUUAUUAAUGUAAGCAGGAAGAGUUACCAUGAAGUUACAUGUACUUAAUUUUGUCAUCGAUCUAACCUUCUUAGAGAAUAUAUUUAUAAACUAAACCAGAAAGAUUAAAUGAGUACAGCGUACCUGUGUUUGAUAUAAAACGAAUGUCAUCGUAAUAUAGCGAUUUAAAUCUGAUUAAAAGUUAUAAUAUGAAUUGGUAUUGAAUUAGAAUUGACUGUUUCACUUUUACAGUAGGUAUAUUUAGAUAGUAUACUUAGUGUAGGUUCCUGUAAGGUAUGUUUAUUAUAAAAUAGAACUGAUUUUGUAUUUACUCAAAGGACCCCUAGGUUUGCUAUAAAAUAGAACUGAAUUUGAAUUUAGUUAAACGACCCCUACUUUUAUAUAUCUGUAUUUCUUGUCCAAUUAACACAAAGAAAGGUUUUCCAUUAAGAGAAAAUAUUCGCAUUCUACUUGUGAAAAUUACGUUGAAAUAACUAUUAAACGUAUUAACGUUGUUGUUUAUUUAUGUCGUUCCAAACACCAAGAGCUGAAACAUAAAAUAAAAAUAAAGAACGAAUUCUAGAUUGUCAUAGGCAGUUUCAAUAUAAAAUAUGCGUAUAAAGUUUUUCUAGAUGUAUAUCUAUAUAUAAUAUAUAACCUAGCAACUAAUAGUGACUAGAAGAAAUUAUAAAUUAGUUGAUUUAUAUGAUUUUUAUG